AUGUCUGCUACUACCAAUACUACCAACCGUGCAUCAGGCACCAAUCCUUUGAUUUUAUGUGGCGAUUCGAUGUUCGAAUCGUCCGAUAUGUUUAGCCAUCCACAGGGCCCCGACUCGGUCUUGGAGAAUGACAUUAUUCCUAUGAAGCACGAGUCUAUGGAAGAGUUAUCGUCGCACUUGCCUCUCGAUGACCAGUUGAACAACGACUUGCAAAAGACAUCGCCAUUCAACAUCCACUCGUCUGUAUUGGACUCGGUGUUUUCUAGCACCAUGGAUGAAAACGACCAGUUGCAGGACCAUACUCCUAUGUUUGAUGAAUUAGAUGUCAUCAUGGAUGAGGGUAAGGCCAGCCUGAAGGACGACUGGGUGUCGCUUUUCGGCGGAAACGACGAUAGCGGCAAGCGUGAAGAGACAAAUGUCUCGAUGAACGCUCCAACCAAGAGAUCUUACAGUGAGGUUGACACAUUCGAGACGAUCGAGGAAUCGAUCGAGCCUGAAUUGGAGCCAACCGCACCUAAGCAAUUGUUUACGCCAACCCAAUCCAACUUGUCUACUCCAAUCAUUGAUACUCAAUCGAAGGUUACUAAGAACAAGAAGGCUAAGGUUGACCACUUAGGAUGCAUUAGCUACUCUAAGAAACAAAGAUCUGAACUGUUAGUUCCUGUCGUAACUGAAACUGGUGAUCCAAUGUCUAUGAAGCGUGCCAGAAAUACUGAAGCCGCCAGAAGAUCGAGAGCUCGUAAGUUAGAGAGAAUGAACCAAUUGGAAGUCAAGGUUGAAGAGUUAAUCGGCGAAAAGACUGAUUUAGCAAAUGAAGUCUUGAGAUUAAAGGAGAUCUUGAUUGCUAAUGGUAUCAGCCAUUAG